AUGAAUUUAAGCAAGAGAGAAACACAAAAAUAUUAAUAAUAAGUGAAUCGCAUUGAAAAACGAUAAAUUGGAUCUUUGAUAAUUUCUAUGAUAUAAUUAGAUUAGCCAUAGAUAAAUUAAUUGAUUGAAUAAUCUAUAGAAGAUUUUGAAUCAGAAUAUUCAACUUUACAAGAUUUUCACAUUAGCAGAUAAACAUAAAUUUAUUAAUCUAUGUAGCAAUUGAAAGCAUAGCUCUUAGAUCUAAAUUUAUUAUAAUCCUCAUUUAUAGAUGGACCAUAAGAAAAAGAAAGAGAAUUUCAUGAAUAAAAGAUAAUAAGACUAAAUCAAUUGAUUAAUCAAAAUUAUAAAACAAUUGAUUCAAAAGAAGUUCAAUUGAUAAAAAUGUAGAAUAGGUAAUAUACAUAUUUUUUGAUUAGUUUAGUUUAAGUUCUUUAAUUGAUGAAUAUGAUAUAAAUAUCAAUUACAUAGAUCAAAUACUUUAAACUAUUGAUUCUAUUUUAUAUGAUGAAGAGAAAGUUGGCAUUAAAUUUUUUUAAAAAAGAGGAAGAGUUAAUGAUAUAAUUGAAAAUUUAGGGAAAUCUAGCAUAAAAAAUAUAAAAUUAGAUUUACCUAUGUUAAAACAGAUAAUAUAAAUUGGAAUUAAAAGUAAUUUUGCAGAUAAAUAAACAUAUAAAUAAGUAAAUAUAUAUAUAGAUUAUCAUAUUUAGAUUUAAGAAUUAUUGAUUUCUUUAAGAAAUAAAAUAGUUGGAGAAUUAAAUAAUCUUAAUACAGAUAAAAUUGAUUAACUUGAAUUUAGUAUUAAUGAAUUAAAGAAUGAAACUCUUAGGUUGAAAAAUCAAUUACUAGAAUCCACUUAGAAAUUAUAAAUAGAAAAUAGAGACAUUAGUGCUAUUACAGAAUCUAAGAGGAGAAUUGAAUAAGAAUUAAUAAUUCUUGAUGAGGACUUAAGAUUAGAGAAUGAAUUAUUUAAUUAAAAGGAAGCAUUCUUAAUUUAAGAGGUUAAUGAAUUGAUAGAGAUUGAAUAACUUUUAAAAAAUAGAGAAUUGAUUUAAUACAUUCAAGAAUAAUAAUGA